AGCAAACAGCCAGGGGAGGAUCAGGACGAGCGGGCGGCUGAGAUAAAGACCACAUGAAGUUCCCCACAUUACCUCACCCGAUAAGGAAACAAGCAGACGGAGAGAGAGAGGGUCAGCCUGGGAGGAACUCUCUGGAUGGACUCUGAUGCGCAGAGAGGCAGCCAGGGAGUGUGGGUUUUUUUUAGGGGUCUGAGUGGAACUGGGCACCCACAGAGAGAGGUGGAGAUCCUUGAACAGGACGUCCUCAGUAGCUACAGAAUGAUGAGUAAUUUUAGCUGUUGAGACAGUUUUUACCAAACAUUUAAAUGCUCCGAUGGAGAGAUGAGCUAAGACUGUGUGUUUACCAAAGCACUUAGUGGAUGACACUUCCACAACAAACACGGGAAAGCAAACCUUCCAGCCAAUGAUAAUAGACUGAGUCAAAGAGAAUUCAGUGUUCAGGGGAGUCCGCUCCAGCGCUUCGGCAGCAGCCAUGGCCGUGAAUCCUCUGGAAGGUCUCAUGUCGGUUGCGGCGAGGCACCAGCUGGUCUCCAGCCCCACAGCUGAGCCACAGAGGCAGCAGCAGAGGCAGCAGAGCCCAGCAUCCCUGCACACACUCAGGCACAGCACACGCAGCAGCCGGGAGCCCAGGAAGUGGGUGCAGUCUGUGUGUGGGUCCAGGUCAAACUCCGGUUCUGGUUGUGAGUCUGCGGUCCAGUCCAGGUCACUGAGGAGUCAGCACUCCCCAGAAAACGCAGCGCGAGAGCGGAGCCGCGUUCGCAACCUCCGCCAAGCCUUCCACAGCCUGCAGGCUGCUCUGCCCUCCGUCCCCCCAGACACCAAGCUGUCCAAGCUGGAUGUCCUGCUUCUGGCUACCAACUACAUAGCUUACCUAACAGAGACGCUGGACCAGGGGGGGGCAUUGGCAUUGACUGAGCACACCCUGCCCUCCCUGCCGGGUGGAUACUUGCAUCCUGUUAAGAAGUGGCCCAUGCGGUCCCUGCUCUACUGUGGCAGCAUGGGAGACCUGCUUUCAGGAGUCCCAGCCAAUCAGAUGCCUCCACUCGGACGGGACGGGGCACAGCCACUGACCCCUGCUGCAGAAGCAGAGCGGGAGUGAUGGCCGAGCCCAGGACAGGACAAGGCAAACAUUUCAAUAUUCUGGAGGGAGAUGAAAAGCAGCAGUGGUUGGUUGUUCUAAUAUUAUAAUAUAAUAAUAUAUAAUUAUAAUGAAGGACAAUAAUGAAGGACAGUGAGCAUGUUUAGCUCUGGCUUCAUUUCACAUCUGAUUAAACACAAAACUGUAUGUAUGUGCAAAAGCC